UUAAAUUCUUUGGCAUUUCCCCUUUUAGCAGAAAUACAGCUGAAGAUGCCGAAGAGAGACUCCUGCCUUAACAUCUCACUUGCCACCAUGGCCGUCUCUGCCAUCAAGAAUUGGUGGAACACCUUCCAGUUGGACAAACCGGACACCAACAACUCCAGCACAGAGGAAGAUGAGGGGGAGUUGGCGGAGAUGAGGCAGUUGUCCACAAACCUGAAAAAGACUCUGCGGACGAGGCAGCUGGAAAUAGAUUUCAAUGGUGGCAGACCAGUUCUGAGUCUGAGGGCACCGCAGGACCUGGUGAGCUUUCCAUCAAUCUGCCGCCCCCGGUGGCCCAUAGAGUGUGAGGUCAUCAGCGACAUUAUCCAUCACAUAGAAUGGGAUCCACCAGAGCCAGAGACUUUUUAUCAGCCCACCGGACAUGAGAGGACACCGAUGCCUAUUGGAGAAGAAAGAGGAAAAGUGGUUUACUGCAUUGACCAAGCCACUAAACGUCCCUUUUUCACCUGCUCUCGUGUGGGAGGGAGCAUGGGGCCCAUCAAGGGCGCCAUCCCCUGUGACAUCGAUCCGACAGACUUCACCCUGGAGUUUGAGUCCCGCUUUGAGAGUGGGAACCUCCAGAAAGUUGUUCAAGUGGGGGACUACGACUAUGAGCUCACCCUUUGCACAGACACGUACACCAAGAAGCACACACAGUGGUUUUACUUCAGGGUCAGGAACAUGGAGGCUGGAGUCACCUACCGCUUCACUAUAGUCAACCUGAUGAAAAGGAGCUGCCUGUACUCUGUGGGUAUGAGACCGCUCUUCUACUCUGAGAGGGCGGCCAUGGAGGAAGGCGUUGGAUGGCAACGCACCGGCUCCAACAUCAGAUACUAUCGCAACUGCAGUCAGGAUUCAAAUGAAAACGACAGCGACACCAUCACCCUGUACUCACUGACCUGGACUCUCCGGUUCCCUCAUGACUCAGACACCUGCUACCUGGCCCACUGCUACCCCUACACCUACUCACACCUGCAGAGCUACCUGCAGCGGGUUUCCUCCGACCCAGCCGUGGCGUCCUACUGUAAAUUGCGGGUGCUGUGCCACAGCCUCGCUGGGAACGCUGUGUACGUGAUGAACAUAACAUCCCAGGGGGAUGGGAAGGGGAAGGGCAGGACCAAGAAGGCUGUGGUGGUGACGGCCCGAGUGCAUCCAGGGGAAACCAACAGCUCCUGGAUGAUGGAGGGGUUGCUGGACUUUCUGCUCGGGGACUCGUCGGAUGCUCAGCUGCUCAGGGACACUUUUGUUUUUAAGGUGGUGCCGAUGCUGAACCCUGAUGGUGUGGUGGUGGGGAAUUACCGCUGCUCUCUGGCCGGCAGGGACCUCAACAGAAACUACAAGACAUUGCUCAGGGACUCUUUUCCCUGUGUGUGGCACAUCCGCAACAUGGUGGAGAGGUUAAUGGCAGAGACAGAUGUAGCUCUUUACUGUGACUUUCAUGGCCACAACCGCAAAAAUAAUGUCUUCAUGUACGGCUGCAACAACCGAGAUGGAGGUUCUCCGAAGCUUUACGAAAGAGUUUUUCCUCUAAUGAUGAGCAAGAACGCCAAUAACAAGUUCUCCUUCAAGAGCUGUAAAUUCAAGGUGCAGAAGAGCAAAGAGGGAACAGGACGAAUCGCCAUGUGGAGACUUGGCAUCAGGAACAGCUACACGAUGGAGGCCACGUUCGGAGGCUCCACUCUGGGUGACAGGGGGGGGACACAUUUUACGACUCUGGACCUAAAGUCAAUGGGCUUUUCCUUUUGCGACACCCUGCUGGACUUCUGUGACCCCGAUCCAACGAAGACCACUUAUUGUCUGACGGAGCUGGCAGCAUUGUUGAGAAAGGACACCCGAGAGAGGCUGGGCAAAGAUUGUAACAACUCUGACUCUGACCAAGAAACCAGCACCAGUGGAUCAAACAGUUCAGAUUCAGAUGGACUCCCGGCUCAUUUACUGAACCAGCAAACUGUCCAUCUAGAGUUUGCCACAAACUGUUCACAUCCAAAACUAAAUCCUGUGAAGAAAAAGAAGAGGAAACUCUUAAAGAGUCGUAAAGAGAGGAACCAGCAGCGGCCGGAGAAGAACGAUACACAGCCACAGAAUUUGCAGGAGUCCGGUGAGACCACAGUUAAAGAGAGUGUCACAGAGAGGCCUGUCGGGCGACACCGGACUAAAUGGCUGGUCAACAGUGUGAUGAAAAAAGCUGCGAUGCCUCCAACCGACACUGGAGAGGACGCUGGUCUGGAAAACACGAGGGUCGCACACUCACCUCAGAGGGCAAACUCAUCACCUCACACAGGUGACCUGGCGAUAGAUACCAGAAAGUGGCGAUGUUCCUCUCAGCUGCUGCACCUCAGUGCUCUCAUACCUUCAGCUAAACUCCUGCAUCCCAACCGGCGACAGCCUCACUACCCCCGACAAUCCCUAGUGUCCUACAAACUCUACGGAGGGCUGCUGCCUCCCCUUAAAAUAGCAAACAGUUCUCCCUCGCCAACGUGCGUCAAUAUGGUUCCAGAUAUGGUUCAAACAAAGCGCCUGCUGUCAAGUUUCACCAGGGACAACAGACGGUUUCUUUUCGGAGCCAGAGGUUCUUUACGUGUUUCAGCAGAUUACUCUGUGCUGGAGGAUGCCUUCACCUCCGCCACAGAUGAGACGACCAUCAAAUGGCCGAACGGGGAGCAGGAAGACGACCCCACAGAAGUGGGGUUGUCCCUGUGGGGAUGUAAACCACUGGAGGAGCAGAAGCAGAGGGAUAUGAGGUCUAAUGUCCCGCUGAGAGAAACUGAACCAGGCAGCAGUUCAUCUGGGUUGAGAGCCACAAACCUGAGAGGGAAAAGACUGUGUAAAGAUGCUCAGGAGAACAAAAGGCAGUUGGAUGUUUCUUGCCUUGUGUCAAAGCCUCCAAACGUUAUGAAGGUGAAACAUCCACAGAGAGAAACACUCAGUCGGCUUCAGGCUCAGGGCAGCACUGGAAGAAAAAGCACGGCUCCACAAGCGGAGAUGGUCGCCAUCAGAAAACCAUCACAGUCCGCACCACAGAUUACGCCAAAACGACAGGAAAGCCAUUUGCACAAAACCCUUUGGAAGGGUGUCUAGCUCAGGGAAGAACUCUUUACAUUUAGGUCCAGAUCAGGGAGCUGUUCCAGGAGUGUUCUUUUUCACUUUGUUCAAAAUUGUGAG